UAUAGACGCAUACUUUUCUUCAAAUUCUGUCGAUAAUUCGCAUAGUGUGUUGCGCGUGUGUUCUGAUUAGUUGUUGUUUCUGGUGGUUUCAGAAUAAUUCCUUCUUGUGUCUUAAAAUGUCUCUGAAAUCAAAACCUACGAUUCAUCAAUUCAAAAUUGAAUUGCUUGACACAGAACCAACAGUAUGGCGACAGGUGUAUGUACCGAGUACAUUUGAUAUGUCCGAUUUGCAUGGGGCUUUAGUUGAUGCAAUGGGUUGGGAAGACUAUCACUUCCAUGUGUUCAAAGUGCUUAACCUCAAAACGAAGAAAACCGAGUUUAUUGGCCGACCAAUCGAACAUUUACAGAAGGGACCCGUGGACGGCCAAAACGUCCCUUUGACAAACUAUUUCUCGAAGCCGGGACAUACGGCAGAGUAUUGGUACGAUUUUGGUGACCGAUGGGAGCAUAGAGUGAUGCUGCAAAAAGUUCUUCCGGCUGAAGACGGUAUAAGUUACCCGGUUUGCAUUAACGGAAGAAUGGCUUGUCCGCCUGAAGACUGCGGUGGUACUGAUGGAUAUAAUAAAAUCGUGCAGACGCUCAAAAACAAGUCUCAUCCCGAAUAUGCUAGCACUGUUGAUUGGUUGAAAAACUCUCAUAACCGUACAGACUUUGAUUUUGAGAUUUUUCGGCCGGGCAACGUUCGUUUUCGACCGAAAGAGCAGCGAACAUAUACUUUUAACAAUCCUUCCGAAGCAAACUUCUUCGAUUGCAUUCAAAUGUAAAAAGUGAAAUGUUCAUUUAACGAUAUCCGCUUUCUGUUCUGUAUUAAAACUGUAUCGUUGAUCGAAGAGUAAAACAAGUUUUCUCGUCAAAAAA